CACCCAGUUGACUAAAAUGAACCCGAAAGACUUCUAUUUUCAAACCCUAAUUUCGAACUCGAGCGUCUUCCUCAAAAUUUUCGGGCCUUCGUCUGUUUUCUCACCGCUAGGAUCAGCCGCUUAUCCUGCACGCGCGGCCGCGACGCGCCCCAAAACAUUUUUUAUUUUCUGAAGAGCCCGAGGAUCGGAAGGUGUAAUCUGCGGGGAAAGGUAGCCGAUUAGGACGAACAACCGUUAGUAUGUUGGACAUCAACCUCUUUCGUGAAGAGAAGGGCGGGAACCCUGAGAAAAUUAGGGAGUCUCAGCGGCGUCGUUUCGCCAAUGCUGAUCUUGUGGAUGAGGUCAUCGAGCUCGACAGAGUUUGGCGGCAGCGGCAAUUCGAGUUGGAUGGGUUGAGGACAGAUAGGAACAGGCUAAGCAAAGAGAUUGCCCGCCUCAAAAUUGCGAAAGAAGAUGCAAGUGGAAUGAUUGCCUCUACAGAGGAGAACAAGGAUUUGACUGCCAAGAAGGAGGCACAGGUGCAGGAGGCCCUAGCAGCAGUGCAAUCUAAAUUGGCUAUAAUUGGAAACUUAGUUCAUGAUUCGGUCCCGGUUGACAAUAAUGAGGAUAAUAAUGCCAUUAUUAAGUCAUGGGGAGAGAAGCGAACUGAACCAAAGCUGAAGAAUCAUGUGGAACUUGUUGAGCUUCUUGGAAUUGCAGAUUUAAAGAAAGGUGCAAAUGUAGCGGGAGGCAGAGGUUUCUAUCUCAAAGGGGACGGAGUACGGCUCAAUCAAGCUCUAAUCAACUUGGCUCUUGAUUUUUUGGAGAAGAGGGGCUUUACUGCUUUGCAGACCCCUUUCUUCAUGAGGAAAGAUAUUAUGGCAAAAUGUGCUCAGUUGGCUCAGUUCGAUGAGGAACUUUACAAGGUAAGUGGUGAUGGAGAUGAUAAAUAUCUGAUUGCCACUGCUGAACAACCGCUUUGUGCAUAUCAUCUGGACGAUUGGAUUCACCCUUCGCAACUACCAUUGAGAUAUGCUGGAUACUCGUCGUGCUUCCGCAAAGAAGCCGGUUCACAUGGUCGUGAUACUUUGGGAAUUUUCCGUGUUCAUCAAUUUGAAAAGGUAGAACAAUUCUGUGUAACCAGCCCAAAUGGAAAUGACUCCUGGGAGAUGCAUGAAGAGAUGCUAAAGAAUGCCGAGGAUUUCUACAAACUGCUGAAUAUUCCAUACCAAGUCGUGUCAAUCGUCUCAGGGGCACUGAAUGAUGCUGCUGCUAAGAAGUAUGACUUGGAAGGAUGGUUUCCGGCAUCAAAGACAUACAGAGAACUCGUUUCGUGCUCCAACUGCACUGACUAUCAGUCAAGGAGAUUAGAAGUCAGAUAUGGUCAGAAAAAGAGUAAUGACAAGGCUAAGGAAUAUGUGCACAUGCUGAACUCUACACUGACGGCAACUGAGAGGACAAUGUGCUGCAUCUUGGAGAACAACCAGAAAGAGGAUGGAGUUGAGAUACCUGAGGCCCUAAGAAGCUUCAUGGGUGGCAAAGCUUUCAUCCCUUUCAAAAACAACAAUUCUGGAAAGGAAGCAAAAGGGAAAAAGAUUUAAGGAGCAACACACGGUUUGUUUUAUCGUCGGUUAAGGUACAUUUGUUUCCCAAUUUUUCGCGGCAUGCCUAAGGAUAUGCACCUUUUUGUUGAGUUACUGGUCAUGCCUUAGUUUAUGUGAUAUUUUGAAGCAAUGUACUGUUUGAUAUAGAUAUAAAGACAUUGAGUAGUAUGCAUUCCACAGAGAUUAAAUGAGAAUUUUGUUGGCCUCUUGUGUUGACAUUGUCUGGAAUUUGUGGGAACAUGAAAAUUUAUGCGAGCACAUGCGUUGUGAGAUUGACUUUCAGUCUUUGUUCAUUUGGUACUCUAUAGGGUUUGGACUUAUCAGUGUCGCCGUUCAAUCAGUCAAGUGUACCGUUGGAUGUAGGCAUGUAGCGAAGCGUAACGAAUUGCAAAAGAACCAGAGAAAUCUCUCAUUAUUUAUUUAUUUAUUUUUUU